GCGUAGUCGACGGCUUCACCACCGCGAUGCUCCGCUCGCCAGUCGAGAUGGGAGCCAUCUUGGACCAGCGGGCACAUAUCGAGCCCUACAUGGACGUGAGGCUCAAGAGGGACAGGAUGCUAUACUACCAGUUCGUCCGUGACCUUUUCGAGUCCAACCUUGUGGAUUUCGGGACGGACGCUUUCGAGACCGUCUACCCGUUCUUCGUACGCAAGAAGUCGGGCAAGCAACGGCUCGUGUGGGACUGCCGGGUGGCCAACAUCCGCUGGCGCAGUCCGCCCAAGAUCCGCAUGGCGAGUGGCUCGGCGUUCGCAGGUUUGCAGAUCCCGACGGAGCUGCAGGAGCACGGCAUGUGGGGUGCUGGCUCCGACAUCGCGGACUAUUUCUUUUGGCUCGCCAUGCCGCCUGAUCUACGACCUUUCUUUGCGCUGCCGCCUGUGCCAGGCGCUCUGUUGCUCGAGUGGGGUGUCCCCGCUGCUUUGGGCGGGGCACUCCAUGGCCUUUUGGAGGUCAGACCUCGUCUUCGCUCCGUGCCGAUGGGCUGGACUUGGGCGAUGUGGCUGGCGCAGCGUGUCCACAUACAUCAGAUCUGUCUAGCUCUGCCCUGGGCGCCCUCGAGACUCAUGGAGGAGGGGGCCCCUGUUCCUGAAUGGCGCUCGGAUCUGCCGGUUCUGAAUGUGUAUUGUGAUAACUUAAUGGUUCUUGCGACGUGCCCCAAACUGGCGAGGGAGACUCGGGAUGCCGUCAUCGUCCAGCUCGUCAAGUCAGGCUUUGUCGUUCACGAGGUCUUCGGUCCUGUUAGGCAGUUCACCGCUCUGGGUUACUAUAUCGACGGGGGCGCUAUGAAGGUCUGGGUCGAUCCGAUGCGCAGGGAGCGAAUUGCCGCCGCUGCCCGAGCUCUGGCGCGACGGCCUCGGAUUACAGGUUUGGCGCUGAGUCGGUUCAUCGGUCACUGCAUCGCCGCCUUUCUCAUCUUCCGCCCGGGCCUCUCGGUAUUUAGGCGCAUGUAUGACUUCGCUGCUAAGUUGGGGGCCGCCCCAGGACGUCUCUGGACGGAGGCCGCUCACGAGGCUCGUCAGAUAUCUUAUCUCAUCCAGGUCACCAUGUCGGAUCUAUGCCUGGAGUGGUCGGAGAGGGUCCUUGCUACCGAUGCGUGCCUGUCGGGGUUUGCCGUUGCUGCUACGCGUUGGCCUCAGGAGGUCAUCAAGGAGUACGGGUCUGUCCGGGAGAAGUGGAGGUAUCGGAGUCGUCUGCCAUCUGCGACUGCGCCUCGCGAUGCUGCCCUGCCUGCCUUCGGCGACCCUUUCAGUGACGUCAACACCGUAAAGACCAUCGUCGAGCCGAAAGCUUUUUCGACGUACGAGCCGAACCCCGAUUUCGCCGAGAUCGACCCGAGAUACCUCGACAAGGAAGACUGGAAGCUACAGUAUGCCUCAAGGUUUCGUGGUCGUGAUGGCCCCAUCUCCGUGCUUGAGGGUGUCGGCAUGGCCUCUGGGGUUCGCCAUACUACGAGGGGCCUCUAUGGUUUUCGAAGGCGACACCUCUUACUUGGGGACAAUCUGGGGACUGUGCUGGCCAUGGAGAAGGGCAGGUCGUCGUCUUUUUCUCUCAACAAGUCAUGCCGUAAGACCGCAGCCUUUUCAGUGGCUUCGGGGUCGCGCUACGUGUACCGCUGGAUCCCCUCAGAGAGCAACCAUGCCGACGAGGGCUCCCGCCUCUGGGAGCCGCGCCGGCGUUCGGCCUGUGCAGCGGACCCUCCGCCCGGCGCAGGAGCCACCGUCUCGCUCGCGGAGUGGCUGGAGCUGGACGAAGAGGCCGUGGAGGGGCGGGACACCUUCCUCGAGUCCAGUUCGGUGAGCACCAAGACGUACAAGGACUACGAACAGCGCCACUCGGAUUUCCAGGAGUGGAUCGCUCAGAACCGGCUGUCGAUCAAGCUGGAGAGGCAGCCCGACCUCGUGCUCACAGACUACAUCAACCACAUGUGGUCGACGGGGCACGACGUCUCGGAGGGAUCCAAGGUGCUGGCGGCGUACAUGUAUUUCUACCCCGACUACUCGAAGGCCGGGAGGAAUGUGCUCCCGCGGGCCCGCAAGGCCCUCCGGGGCUGGAGGAGGCUCGAGCCGGGCAGGACCAGGCCGCCGAUCCCGCUGCACCUGCUCGGCUUGCUGUGGCUCGAGAUGAUACACAUGGGGUCCCCUCUCAUGGCUCUGGCGCUGGUCACGAUGUGGGUCGCAUACCUGCGGCCGGGGGAGGCCAUGAGGUUGAAGGAGAAGGCCCUGGUCUCCCCGCCGCGUACUUCUGCGUCGGCCCUGUGGAGCCUGCAUAUGCACGAGGAGCUGGAUCAGCACCCCUCCAAGGUCAACCUCUUCGAGGAGAGUCUGGUGCUGGACUCCGCCGACCUCCCAUGGCUGGGAGACUUGCUGGCAGGACUCAGGAAGGGGCAACCAGACAGGCUGUUCUUCGAUUUCAAGUACCCGCUCCUCGGCCAGGCUAUGUUGGGGGCGGCCAAGAAGAUCGGACUGGAGAAGCUCAAGAUCACCGCUUACCACAUGAGGCUCUCGCAAGCUCUCGCCUGCGCCGGUGUCCCAGCAGAGGCCUGGGACAUCGAGCAAGGCGAGGCGGCAGAUUUUUUGAGGACUGAGUCUUUACGCAAGCUGGAGAAAGAGAUCGUGGUGCCUGAGGCUCUGCUUGCCGCCGAGCCUGUCAGCGGAGAGUGCCGUCUCCUGGCGGAGCUGGUCGGGCGCUCGAACCAGUGCGUCUGCCAGUGCGACUGUCGCUGCCACUCGGAGGCCGCCUCGGGGAUCGGACUCACGGCCUUGCUCGGGCUGCUGGCGUUCUUCUCGGUCAUCGCCUUCUCGCUUGGCCUGCUGAUCGGCUGCAGCUUCGGACGCCGCAGCUUGAGCACGCCGCCGGUUGUGAGCGACACGCUCGUGUCCAUCAUCGAGGACGCGGGCGGGGCAGCGGUGGAAUGGCAUGAGCGGAUCUUGCUAGGCCACAUCAGCGACGCGAAGUGGGUCGUCGUCUCGCGGGACUGGGACAUAUUCGAGGAGGACUUUGCUGAGGCCGACGACCUGAAGCGGUUCCUGGCCAACGGGCAGGCGCCCGCGACGGUGCGCGUGCUUCCUCACUACCUGGUCGACCACUACCGGUUCGGCCAGGACAGACAGUACUACAUGGACACGGGAGAGGCUCUCGCGCGGGGCCUGCGUCCUGGCGGGGCUGUGGUCCCUGCGGCUGUGCCGAUCGCGGCGGGCGCGGGUGCCGGGCCCGCCGCGAAGUGGUGCGCGCUGGAGGCUCGGGGCAGUGUGGGACUUGGUGAUGCCCUCACCGCCUCGCUGGGGUCCGUCGAGUUCGAGUCUAACGAUCGGUGUAUCUUCAAGCUGACGGACGGCGCAGUUCUGAGCGGAUGGCUCGAGGGCACGCUGCCAUCGGGCCCCGCUGCAGGGAGCGGAGACGACUCCCGCAUCCUGCCUGCCAGGCAGGACGCACAGCAGCGCUAUCGCCGCUCCUUCGCGAGCGCGCUGCUGGACAUGAAGCCCGCUGACUUCGGCAAGAGCUGGGAGAUCGAGGGUCCGCGCUCGACGUACUACACGGCGGAGCGGAUCUACGAGGGCAACCACAGCCCGGUGCAACGGCACUACUGGUGGCGCUCGGUGAUGGGGCUGUCGGCGACGGACGUCGGCGUGGACGAACACUUGCUGUUGUCCCAGCUCCUAGAGGUCGGCAUGACGAUCGAUCAGAUGCAGGUCUGCAACUUGGCGACGUUCGAGCUCCUGAGCCGGCGUUAUAAGAUGUGGGAGAGCGCCUGCAAGGAUCUGCUGCGAGAGGUGGACACGGGCGGCUCGGGCGGCGACGACUGGCUGAGCGAGCGCUCGCUGUUCCUCGGCGUGAAGAAUCUGAGGAGCAGCGCCAUCGUCAUGCCUGAGCUGGAGGACUACGUGGCGAAGGAGCUGGCGGCCCGCGCCGCCGUGCUGAAGGAGCGCCGCAAGGGCUUUCGUGAGGGGUUCAGGGCUGGCAGGUGGUGCCACCCUGAGGCGCUUUCAGCUUCGCAGCAGAUGAGGCAGCGCGACGUUCUGCCGAUCUCCCUGGCGGCCGCCUCGGAGAUCUGCGCUGGGGGUGCCAGCGGGCUGGGCCUGUCUCAGAGCCAGCGGCGGCGGCUUCGACGUCGACGUGCUCAGGAGGGCUGGCUGUUCGAGGGCAUCCGCGCCUUGAACGAGCUGGGCGCCCCGGAGCCGCUGGCGGCCUCGCCCUCGUCCUUGACUUCAGCUCAGGUCUCGGCCGUUCGACACCAUGCUCGGCAGUGCGGAUCAGUCGUCGCUCCCCCGCCUGACUGCGGGGGCGCCCUGGGAGCGUGGGAGGCGCUCCAGGGUACGCGGCCCGGCUACGCGGAUGACGCGAUGGCCGUCGGUGCUCGGGCGAACUUCGAGCGAGGGAACGUGUCGCUUCCCGCGGGGCUCUCUGGGCGAGUUGCGCUGAGUGAGUGCCUGCCGCCCGCCCUGCAGUCUGCGCUUGAAGCUCUCGCUCAUCUCGAAUGCGAGCCUCAUGUGAUCCCCGUGCUGCACGGGGGCGAUGUCGAAGUCUGCUAUUACCAGUUCGCACUUCCUGAACAGUACAGGUGUUUUUUCGGCCUGCCCUCCCUGCCUAUUGCGCACCUGUCCCCGGACCUCGUCGCCGCGCUCCCGGAUGCGGCUCGUAAUCGGGGCUGGGCCCGCGUGCGGGCUCGUGUGGUGCCGAUGGGUUGGAAUUGGGCCGUGGCUCUUGUACAGGCCGCCAACCAGUAUCUGCUCAAUAAAGUUUUCCCCGAGGCCCCGUGGCUCCUUGAUAAGGUCCCGCUCCCGCCUCUUGGCGACGUUGGGUCGCUUCGCGGACUUUAUAUCGACAACUUCGUUUCCAUUGCCCAGUCUAAGUCGGUUGCAACCUCGGACGUCGAGAGUAUGCAGUCUCAGCUCGCGGGCCUUGGGAUCGCGUCGACCUUGGAGACCUCGGAGGCGGGGGACAACGACUUCAUAGGUUUUACUCUGGUGGGCUCGUCUGGGGAGUGGCGUCCUAAAGCUAAUCGGUUCUGGAGGUUGAAACUGGCUGCCGACUAUCUUCUAGAGGUUCGACCUGCUAUCACAGGGCAGGAGCUGGAGCGUUUCGCGGGCCACGUCACGGCUCUGUUUUCGCUUUCCCCGGAGCUCUUGUGCCUCAUGGAAAAGGCGCCGCGGUCCCGGGCUCUGGACCACCAGGAGGAGCUGGAGAUCUCGGAGGCUUCGGAGGCCAACAUCCUGGGGCUCGGGCGGGCCCGCUCGUUCGCUGAGGUCCCGGCGGCCCUGGUCGAGCGGAGCUGGACUGUGGCCUACGCGGGCCGCUGGAGGGGUGUCCCGGGGUCCCAGGUCCAUCUCGAGUUCAUCAGCCUCGGCAUGGGGGCCAAGCGAAAGUGGCAGUCCAUGUCCAGCACCGCCUGCCUGCCUCCAGCGCAGUUGCAGCUUGCGGCCCUGUCCGACUCCGACGACGUGGGCGAUGCGGGCCCGGGCUGCUCCAGCAGCCAUUCUGUCGGCGCGCUGACGGGCCGCGGCCGCGGGAACAGCGGUCGCGCUGGGCCGAGCGCCCCUGGGGCUUGCCUGCCCAUCCGUCCUGGUGGCGCACGGCGGGUUGCCCGCUCAACCCCCUCUGGCCCUGGGGGCCGCCGGGGCUCGGGCCGCCUGGAGCGCCUCCGGGCGGCGACGCGGGCGCGGCUGCUGCUGCUGGCCCCGCUGCUGACCGGCCUCCAGCAGGAGCGGAUCCGCCCGGCGACGCAGGCGGGCUACUGCGACGUGCUGGAGCAGCUGGCUGGCUACCUGAAUCAGUGGCCGCUGCCCGCUUGGUCGGGCCCGCAGUGGGGCCUCCAGCUCCUCAACUUCGUGGAGUGGGCGCGGGGCGAGGGGUGGUCGCGGGCGCUGGCCUCUCGGCUGCUGGCCGCCGUGGUGUGGGCCCAGCCUACGUUGGGCGGCCCGCUGCGCCAGGUCUUCCCCAACGCGCAUGCGGCCAUGCUGGGCUGGCGCCAGCUGGACCCGGGGCACAGCCGCCCGCCACUGCCCUGGGGUGUCGUGCUGGCCUUGGCGUGGGCGAUGCUGCCCGAGUGCCCGGUGGGCGCCCUGGCCAUCAUCGUCAUGUUCGAGACCUACAUGCGCCCCUCGGAGCUCCUCAGCCUGACGGUGGGGCAGCUGGUGCCGCCCACGACGUCGCGCGGCCAGGGCGCGUUCUGGGGCUUCUGCGUUCGCGUGGAAGAGCUGGGGCGGCCGUCCAAGACCCAGGAGUUCGACCUGAGCGUGCUCCUCGACUUGGACCGCCACCGCCCGCUCAUCCCGCUGCUGCAGGCGCUGAAGGCGGGGCGCGCCCGCGGGGAGCGCCUCUUCGACGUCAGCUCGAGGCAGUUGUACCGGUCCUUCGCGCUGGCCGUGCAGCAGGUGCAGGUCUCUUGCGUCGAGCCGAGCCUCUACGCGCUGCGGCACGGGGGCGCCAGCCACGAUCGUCUCGUUCGAGCGCGGUCGCUUCUCGAAGUGCAGCAGAGGGGGCACUGGCGCAGCUUUCGGAGCGUCGCUCGCUACGACAAGCACGCGCGGGUGUCCUUGCAGCUCGGCAAGCUCCCCGCGACGGUGAGGGGUCAGAUCGCGUCGCUGGUGGACCGCGGCCUCACGCCCUUCGUCGAGCGCUGCGCCAAGCUCUUGCACAGCCGCAGCCCCUCGGCCCCAG